AUGAAACUACACGCCCUUAUCCCGCUCCUUUUUGCCCCUCUUGCAGCUUCGGCUGCUCUUUCUGGAGUCCUCAAUGGAGUGGUCGACACCAACAACGAUGCUACUCUCGCCAACGGAGCUCUUGAGAAUUUUGCUACCGACGCUGAUGUGACUACCCACAAGGCCAAUUGGGACGAUGCUACCACUCGUGUUUGUGGCAGUCAUGGUUCCUGUGGAUAUGGUGAGCUUUGCGUCAGUGGAAAAUGCGUCGUCGGAAUCUUUCCUAAGCUUGAAACGCGUGACGAAGAAGCCAACAUCGACACUGAGGGUGAGCCGCGUCGCUGCAACAACAUCAACCUCUGGUGCCCCCCUCAUCAGUUCUGCUACCGCAGCGUUUGUGUUAGCAUUGGUGCUCUUAGUGCCCGUGCUGAUGCCAGUCCUGUGUUCGUGGAGAAUGCCGCCGCAGAAUCCCUCCAGUGGCUUGAGUCUACUCAGCCCACCUGGGGUACGCUCCUAUAG